UAUAUUAAACCAGCUCUUUCCAUAAGACUGAGGGACUUACUCAUCAAUGGCAGGUGAUAUCACAUACGCAGACGUGGCAAUGCUACCGAGGGAAAGACCACAUGUUCCUUCUCAGACAUCAGUUCCAGGAAACAUGAUCACGUAUGCUGAACUGCGCAUGAAGCCAAAACCCAAAAGGAGCAGCAGAUCAGAGACUUCCGCUUCUGGCUGGCGACACAGGUGCUCAGCCUGGUUCUAUGUGGCACUGGUCCUGGGAGCCCUUGUGCUUGUCCUGCUAGGUGUCAUAGCCGUACUAGCCAAGCAAUUUUUGAAGUGCAGAGCAGGCAAAUCAGAACGUUUGUCCCAUAUUGGUGUAACCAGCAGGAGCAAUUACACUUCCUCAGAGAAGACUGUCUUGGCAGUGCUCCUGAAAUGGCUCAUGGAGGAACUGUGUGAAGAUGGACAGGGAAGAACAUGUGAGCUGUGUCCUCCUGGGUGGCAACUGCACAGGAGCAGAUGUUACUACUUCUCCGAGGAGGCUGUAAGCUGGGAUGACAGCCAGAAAAACUGUCUGGCCAGGAAAUCCCAACUUCUUGUUAUUGAAGAUGAAAUUGAAAUGGAAUUCAUAGACAAGAAAGAGAAAGAUACCAAAUAUAUCUGGAUUGGCUUGAAGACUGCAGAAAUGAAGAAACAGUGGAGCUCAGCUGAAGAUCCUGGAGUAAAAGAAAACAGUAGGAAAGCUAUAAAUAGAAUUGAGACUGACAAGAAUUGUGCUGUUUACAGAAGAAAAAACAUGAUCCAAGUAGAUAACUGCCAGACUUUAAAGAAGUGGAUCUGUAAGAAGAAUGCAACUUUGUUGGUGCUUUGA